UUUUCCCCAUUGGAAGGGUUCCUGAAGCCUGGGCGGGACAUCUCUUUCCGCGUCUGAUUGGCUCGUCCCCUGGUGAGUGACUCCUUGUCUCCAGUCCAAGAUGGCUGCGUCCAUGGCUCGGUUCCUGCGGCCUUUCCUGGCUCGCCAGGGGCUCCGGUCCCGAGGACGCUGCGUGUGCCCCCAGAGCCCAAGGAGGAGCUUCGCUACAGAGAAGCGAGUGCGGAACCUCCUGUAUGAACACGCACGUGAGGGCUACAGCGAGCUGCCUUACUUGGACAUGGAGUCGGUGUGCGCAUGCCCAGAAGCAACGGCGCGCGCCCUGGAGCUCCGCAAGGGGGAGCUGCGGCCGGCCGACCUGCCUGCGAUUAUCUCCACGUGGCAGGAGUUGAGGCAGCUGCGGGAGCAGAUCCGGAGCCUGGAGGCAGAGAAGGCGGCUGUGACAGAGGCGGUGCGGGCCCUGCUGGCCAACCAAGACAGUGACCAAGUGCAGAAGGACCCCCAAUAUCAGGGCCUGCGGGCCCGUGGCCGGGAAAUCCGGAAACAGCUCACGCCGUUGUACCCCAGAGAGACCCAGUUGGAAGAGCAGUUCUACUUACAGGCUCUGAGGCUGCCCAACCAGACCCACCCAGACACGCCUGUUGGGGAUGAGAGCCAGGCUAGGGUGCUCCGUGUGGUGGGAGAGAAGCCAGUUUUCUCCUUCCGACCCCGAGGCCACCUGGAAAUUGGCGAGAGACUCGACAUUAUCCGGCAGAAGCGCCUGUCUCACGUGUCUGGCCACCGGUCCUAUUACCUGCGCGGGGCUGGGGCCCUCUUACAGCAUGGCCUGGUCAACUUUACCCUCAGCAAGCUCAUCAGCAGGGGCUUCACUCCCAUGACGGUUCCAGACCUUCUGCGAGGAGCUGUGUUUGAAGGCUGUGGAAUGACACCAAACGCCAGCCCAUCCCAAAUUUACAAUAUUGACCCCUCCCGCUUCGAAGAUCUCAACCUGGCUGGGACGGCAGAGGUGGGGCUGGCAGGAUACUUCAUGGACCAUUCUGUAGCUUUCAGGGACCUGCCAGUCAGGAUGGUUUGUGCCAGCACCUGCUACCGGGCCGAGACAGACACCGGGAAGGAGCCCUGGGGACUGUACCGAGUCCAUCACUUCACUAAAGUGGAGAUGUUUGGGGUGACGGCCCCUGGGCUGGAGCAGAGCUCGCAGCUGCUGGAUGAGUUCCUGUCCCUGCAGGUGGAGAUCUUGACUGAGCUGGGCUUGCAUUUCCGGGUGCUGGACAUGCCCACCCAGGAACUGGGCCUUCCUGCCUAUCGCAAGUUUGACAUUGAGGCCUGGAUGCCUGGCCGAGGCCGAUACGGAGAGGUCACCAGCGCCUCCAACUGCACAGACUUCCAGAGCCGCCGCCUGUUCAUCAUGUUUGAGACGGAGACCGGGGAGCUGCAGUUUGCACAUACGGUGAACGCCACGGCUUGUGCUGUUCCCCGACUCCUCAUUGCCCUCCUGGAGAGCAAUCAGCAAAAGGAUGGUUCCGUCCUCGUGCCCGCUGUCCUCCAGCCCUACCUUGGCACUGACCGCAUCACAGCCCCCACCCAUGUGCCUCUCCAGUACAUCGGCCCCAACCAGCCCCAGAAGCCCAGGCUCCCUGGCCGGCCCGCUGACAGCUGACAACCGUCUGCUCUAGAGAUUGGCACUCCGGAGACCCCAGACGCGCAGAGCCUUUCCCCUGGAGCCAGCCCUGAUGGCUGGUACUUGUCGCCUCCCCCUGAACUCCUGGCCUGCCACUCCUCCUCCCCUGCCCCCGAAUCAUUGGCAGUGGCCCCUCCUGUCACCGGGCUGUCAGCCAGAGCCGUGUCUCCGCUGUGAUAAGAAGGCGGCUAGCUGGAGAAAGCUGGAGGACGCCAUCCCGUCUUCCUCCUUCCCGCCUUGGUACUGAGCAGAAGACCCACAAUAAACGGUCCCAAGAGCAGAGUCUCUGGAUCUGUGAGCGAGAGAGGUGCUAGGUGACUGCUCCCAUGCUGGGUGGCUUGGGGAUCCCCAGGGUGACUGAAAGGAUGCCAAGGCCUCUCCUCCUCUGGGACAAGAAGGCCAGCAUCCUCUGAUGACUCCCUCAGACUGAACCAGCUUUAUCCUUAUCCUGUGGCCGAUGGUCCCCAACUCCGGUGUUGUCCAGAGUGUCACACUCAUGGAAGCUGAUCCCCAGAAUCCUUUGUGCUCACCUCACCCCUCACAGGCACUCCAAGCCCUUUGCCGACACUGGGCUAUCCUCGGUGUUUUCCCACCUUCGGUGGGUUAGCAAACCUGAGGUUUGGCCUUCAGAAUGUUCCAGACCUGCCAGCUGCCCUCUCCUUCCUCAGCCCUAUUCUUCAACUGGCCACUUUGGUCUCCCACCUGGACAGUCACAAAAGACUCCUUGUCUCUGCUCCCUGGGAGCAUCUGAGUUGGGGUGUGGCCCUCCCUGCCCAGGGUCCUCCUGUGGCUCUAUCAUUGUAAAGGACAAGAGUGCCAUGAC